AUGGACAGUGGUGGACCGAGUGCCGGCCCUGACGCCGGGGAAGAGAUCGAUCUCUACGAGUUGCUCGGGAUCGAUAAGGAUGCGUCCCAAGACCAGAUUAAGAAGGCAUACCGCAAGGCUGCCCUUCAACAUCACCCCGACAAAGUCCCUGAGGAACGCAGAGAAGAAUCCGAAGCCAAGUUCAAGGCUGUCAGCCAGGCCUACGACAUCCUCAAGGAUGAGGAGAAGCGCCAUCUCUAUGAUACCCACGGCAUGGCCGCCUUCGACCCGUCGCGAGGCGCCGGCGGCCCAGGCGGCGUCGAGGUCGACCUGAACGAUAUCCUGUCACAAAUGUUCGGCUUCGGCAUGGGCGGUCCUGGUGGCCCUGGCGGACCCGGCGGCCCUAGAAGGCCUCGUCGCGGUCCCGACGAGGACCAGCCGUACAAGGUCACACUGGAGGAGCUCUACAAGGGCAAGACUGUCAAGUUCUCCGCCAACAAACAGGUUCUCUGCGGCACCUGCAAAGGAUCCGGUGCCAAGCCCAACGUCAAGCCCCAGCAGUGCGAGAAGUGCCGAGGCGCCGGUAUGGCUGAGGCUUUCCGCCAGAUCGGUCCCGGCAUGGUGCGCAAAGAGACGGUCAUCUGUGACCGCUGUGAGGGUUCCGGCAACUUCUGCAAGGAGAAGGACCGCUGCAAGAAGUGCAAGGGCAAGCGCACAACGUCCGAGACGAAGGUGCUCGAGAUCUACAUCCCCAGAGGAUCUCAGAACGGCGAAAGGAUCGUGCUGGAGGGAGAGGCCGACCAGGCCCCCGACCAAACGCCGGGAGACAUCGUUUUCCACCUGCAGCAGGAGGAGCACGACGAGUUCACCCGCAUCGGCGACGACCUGUCGGCAGAGCUCAAGGUCUCUCUGGCCGAGGCUCUGGGUGGUUUCUCCCGGACCGUGCUUACGCAUCUUGACGGCCGCGGCAUUCACCUCGAGCGCGAGCGUGGCAAGAUCCUCCGUCCUGGCGACAUCUUGAAGGUCCCUGGAGAGGGUAUGCCUCACAAGCGCGGCGACACCAAGGGUGACCUGUACCUGAUCGUCGACGUCGUCUUCCCCGAGGACGGCUGGUUGAAGGAUGACAAGGAAUACGAGACUCUGAACAAGCUCCUCCCGCCCCCUCCUCCUGAAAUCAAGGCAGAUGAGGUCGACGAGGUCGAGUACGAGGAAGUUGAGAGCUUGGAAGAGAUGGGUGGAGCGGGCGGCCCCGGAUUCGGAGGCGAGUGGGAGGACGACGACGAAGAGGAUGGCCAACCUCAGUGCCAGCCUCAGUAA